AUGUCGGACAAUGGACCCCAGUUUGUUUCAGGAGAGUUUAGUCGUUUCAGCCAGAACUGGGGUUUUGAUCAUGUUACUUCGAGCCCCUGCUACCCACAAUUGAACGGAAAGGUGGAGAAUCUAGUAGAAACUACUAAGCGUCUGAUAGCGAAAGCCAGGCAGUCAGGGGGCGUUCCGUGGCUUGCUUUCCUCGAGUUCCGAAGUACUCCCAGCCAAGGGUUCGCAACCAGUCCGGCACAACGUCUCAUGAACCGGCGCACUAAAACUCUGUUGCCUAUGUCGGAAUCUCUACUCAUGCCCCUUGAAUGUCCGGACGAAUCGGCCCAGCGAGAACACCACAAAGCUCAGCAAGCCCGUUAUAACAACCAGGGCGCCACAGACCUUCUUCCUCUGCAGCCUGGAGACAUUGUCCGUGUCCAACCACGCCCCUCAUCGUCCACAUGGCAGAAAGGCACCGUCCAAAAGAAGGUGGGCAUAAGAUCGUAUCAUGUCAAAGUGGAUGGAGAUACAGGUGGAACAUACGUUCGCAAUCGACGACAUCUGAGGCGAUCCCACGAAGUCACUACGGAAAAACAUCCUCUCCAGACUCAAGUCUCAGAACAACGCAAUGCAGAAUCCACAGCUACAAGGAAGCAAUCAGCCGGCCAGUCGUCGUGUCAUACCACGUGGAGCGGUCGAAUGGUGAAGCCCCCGAGUAUUUGGAUGAUUACACCACCUAGAUAUACUAAUAUAUAA